GAAAAAAAUAUUUUGCUAUAUCCCUCUUUAUUAUCAUCUAGAUUCUCGCAGUUUCAGUAAAAGUUUGUGCUUUCAUGGGCAAUUUUUGUUAUCAGCUGUAUCUAUAUAUCGUAUAUCUUGCGGGCAAAACUGUUUCAUGAUAGGUGUGUAAAGCGCUGGCUCGUAAUUUUCGUUAUCCCUUAAGCAAGCGCUUAUGAGGUUUCGGGAGUGGUUGCGUAUUGCAGAACGAUAAACAAAGGAUUGAUUUCAUAAUGCACAGAAGCAGCUGAUCCUUAUGGCUGUAGGAUUGAUUGUAUGUUUUGUACCAGUACUGAGUGAGCAUAACAUUCCCAAGAAGAAUUCAAGGACAAACUCGGAAUGACUGAUAUUGUGUCCGCCUUCAGUGAUUUGAACGACGGAAGUCGGGUUACUAUUGUGGUAAAAGAUCCGGAUUACUUACUCAAAUAUGGAAGCAAAUUGCGUGUUUGUGGAGAGUACCACCUACUACUCACGGUAGGCGGAGAUCUGUUACGGGGCGAGUAUCGGGUACGUGAAAAAACUGUCGAAUUCGAACGGCUGCGUGAGGAUGUGGCAGAUUUCGACACGGAAGGUAACUGGGUGUACUUGGUCAGCAAAUCGGAUGGAACGAUCUACGAGGGAAAGAACGGAUCCAUCGGUGUGUGGAGGCAGAUUUUCGAGGAUAGUAAAAUUAGGUUUGAGAAGAUCUGCUGCAACAACAACGGUCUCUUGUUGACCAGUUCCGAGGGAACGGAACUGUAUGCUCAGGGCGAGUUUGGUAAUUUGCUUAACUUUGAAAAAUUAACUGCGGUCAAUGAAUUAGCUUCGGAGAAUAUCGUUCAGAUAUCCGCCGGAAUUGAUUUUGUAAUAUUAUCUAGUCAAAAGGCCGGCAAAGUGUUGGCAGAUGUUAAAAAGGAUCCAUUUUACGACCGUUAUUGCUUACAUGAGGACACCAAGUGUUACUCGGAUUGGAAGAACAUUUAUAAGAAGUUAGUGUUGGAUUUAGAGCAUUUGGUGUGUUUAGGUGACGCAGUUUGUAGUGCAAAUGUUGAUUCGAUUCAGGUGUACGGUCAGAUGAUUCAUGAGACCGGAGUUGCUAGUUUUGGAAAAAUCAAUAAAGGCCAACUCGGAACCGGUGACCACAUCCGGCGCGACAAUAUCAUUCAUCUGCAGCUGUGUAACGUAUCGAAAAUUGCCAGCUGCUGUGAUUACUCUUCAGCGCUGACCGUGGACGGUAGUCUGUACCUGUGGGGCGAUACAAAUAAAAAUCAAGCUUCUCUCGAUACCAAUUUGACCCUCAGCAGCUCAAGUACUCCGACGCUUUUCGGCCGGUUUAAGCAAAUUCUAGAUGUUAGCAGUGGUAACUUUCAGACCUACGUUUUAACUAACGAUCUACGCAUUCACGAUAUUAAAUCCGAUGAGGGGAGUUUGAUCUAUGAAUGUUCCGACCGAUGGAAAGUGACAACCCUGGCGGAGGAUGAUGAAUUUGACGAGAUACCAUUUGUAUUGGCCAGUGAUAGUCUCAUCCUGGUGAAUCAUCUUCCGAUAAAUAAGGAUGUCCUGCGAAUAUACACCGCGGAACAGGUCACAAUUCAGGCUCUGCUAAAACAUUUCAAAGAAAACAACAUUACUAGGAUACUUAAAAAAUCCAUCAAUACUCUAUCCCCGCAUUUUUUCUUUCGAUCGUGCAUGAGACUGUUUUAUCUGUUGCUGCUCAAUCUGAAAUCGUUACGCCGAUUUUUGUUAGACAACGAUCAUACGAAAAUUUUCUCCUUACUUCUUCACAACGAACUGCACUACUUGUACCGAAGCAUCCUGAAAUGUUACUGCGAUAGUGACUGUUUGGGACUGAUGCAUGAACCGGAAAGUAAACUACUUCAGAUAUACCUGGAUCACGUAAGAAAUUUUGUCGAACUAAUCGAACUACUAGUCAAUUCGAAUAAAUCACUAAGCGAAUUAGUGGAAAAUCAUUUGUUGAACGCAAAAAGUGAAUGGCUCAAAUUUUUAAACGAAGAGGUUUGCGAGGAAAUGGGUAAACGGGUUAAGAUAACCAAAGAAUUUUGGCUCAAGGAGGAGAACGUUCGGUGGUUUUCCCUGCGGGAGGCUCACCGGAGGGUAAUACUGGAUUCGAACGAAGUGCCACUCAAAAUGCUUGAUCUCAACAUAUUUUCCUCGUCUCCACGGAUAAUCCUGUUCUCCGAUGUGUUAUGCUACCUAUCAGGAACGCAGGUUGUGGAGUAUCCACUGGGUUUGAUUUGGAUUUCUACAGAAAUCAAGGAAACACUGAAGAACCGCUACAAAGAGAAGCUCCGCUUUAUGGUCAGUAUCGUUACUCCGGAGGAAGUGCUACGGUGUCACACCCUAAACUCGACUGACAAGCUUGUGUGGCUGAAUUGUUUAAAGACGCAAGUGAUGCGCAGUUUGAAUAAAGAUGCUACUGCAAAACAACCGGUCUAUCGGUACAGUUUCUAUCGAUUUAGUGACAAACAUGUAAAAUACAGCGGGAUGGAGUACUUCGGAAUUUGGAAAGUUGGACAAAUCGACGGCAUUGGAGAACUAAAAGGACAAGAGCGAAUAUACAGAGGAGAACUCUAUCAGGGAGAAAUCACUGGAUAUGGUUGGAUGAGCAGAACACAGUAUGGAAUUCCGUUGGUGUACGAAGGUGACUUCCUGAACGGCAAGUACGAAGGAAGCGGGAAGCUAAAAUCGGCCAGUACCAGUGCGAAACAGUACUUCAAGUAUCAGGGUUACUUCAAGAGCGACAAGUACAACGGUUUCGGAACGUUACUAACGAGCGCCUAUCAGUACAAUGGAGAUUUUGCGAACGAUGCGAAGGACGGCUUCGGGGUGCUGGAGGAUAGUUUGGACGGGGUCAAGUACAUUGGAAUGUUUUCCAACGAUAAAAAGUACGGCAAUGGGAUCUUGAUCACGACCAACGGUACGUACUAUGCAGGUCUAUUCACCAACGAUGUGCUAUCGAAUUCCGCUGGCGGACUAGCCAUCUUCCCAAAUGGAGUGUACUACAAGGGCGAGCUGACGAUAGACGGACCGUGCGGGAAAGGUGUGUUCUAUUACCCAGAAAAAGAAAUCGUCUCCGAAUCAUUUGAAUUGGAUGACACCAAUACCCAGAUGAGUGGCCAUACGUUGACGGGAAGCUUUGCCGGAACGUGGGAAAAUGUAAAAAUUUCAAGCGGCAACAUGGCAAUGGAUCAACAGUUCAACAAGGUUCCAAUUUUGGACCUCAAAAUCAACGCUGAACGCAAGUGGGCUUCCAUUUUUACCUGCUUCCACCAAUCGGUGUUUGGCACCGGUGACAUCGGUAAGAUUCGUUUGCUGGACACGAAUAAGAUUUGGAAUAGAAUCGCUAUCUAUAUGACCCGAGCGAAGCGAAAAGAACAACUGAAGGCAAAUAAUUUCGAAACCAAACUGGCUGAGUUUGACGACCAAGCGGCAGCUCAAAUCUGCCAGAGUGGAUUCCGACUGAUGAACCUCUCCACUCCAUCAUUACGGUCGAGCUUUUCGGAUUCAAAAUUAUCACUGACUGCGGCAGGUGAUUCGCUAGCGGCAUUAGACAAUAUUUCAGUGAGGAGUUUUUCUUCAAUCUCUUCCAGGGAGUACGAUAACGAAUUCAUGCUGAAUCCGGCUCAUGAUCAAAGCAGAAUUCCACCAUUCCACGAUCUGGAGAUUAUUCCGGAUUUUUGCAUUUCCUGCGUCGAUAAACAAGGGUUACAAAAACUGCGAGAGUAUUUGAGUGAAGCAUUUCGUAACUCCUACCAUCCGCUCCAUCAGUUAUUCGAGAAACUGUCCAAUUGUUUUUAUUCGACGUACAGUUGCUGGAAAUUCACCCCUAAUUCGAUCCUCUGUGAACCGGCGAUGAAUGAAUGGAUUUCAAUAGUCAGUCGCAUUUACACCCUAGUCUUGAGAGUUAUGUUUCCUGCCUUGCCGAAAGACUCCGCUGUCGUUGAUGGAGAAUUGGUGUCAUAUCAGUCGUUACUGUAUCCAAUUUUAAUGACUCAGGGUAUCUAUUCCGCCCUUUUCGUGCUGUAUGCAAGCAAGUGCAGCAAAAACGAUGAAAUAUAUCGUCAACGAAUUUUAAUCUGUGAGAAAAAGACGGACGAAAAUCUUAUUCAACUGUUAGACAUCAAUAGGCAACUUAUUCCCGUUAUUAAAAGUUUUCGCUAUCAGGAAGCUAUUGACAGUCUUAAUCGUUUCAAAGAAAAGUGCUGUCCAAGUGAAAUGAUGAAGCAUAUCAACGAGGCUUUCUCUCUACUUGACGUCGCCAGUAAGGAACAAGAUACUAUUCUGGACAUGGCUGCGGAUAGCUUGUUGGAGCUGGUAAUUCUGCUAAUCAUCAAGGCAAACAUACCGCAGCUCGGUGCGGAAAUCAGUUUGUUGGAGGAUCUUCUGCAAAACGAUGGUUAUGGUUUUGAUUACCACAGCAAUACGCAGAACGAUUACUGUCUGACGACGCUGAAAGCUUCCUAUCAGCACAUAAUUGGGGAUAACUUUUUCGUCAAUAAAAUCUACGACGGUGGAAGUACAUAAUUGGUCGAGCAGCUUGUCGAAUUAGUCGUUAGGUAGUCGUAGGUCUAUAACGGUUCAAUACUGUGAUUUGUGUCAUUCCUUUUCGCAGAAUAUCCUCGAAUUGUCGAACGGGGCGUUUUGCACGUCUCCCUUUAGAGGUUUUAGUUAGACAUAAAGUGAUACAGAGCAAUAACAUGUUAUUUUUAACUCUAAAGAGCCAUCAGGCCUUUAGAAAAAAUGUCAAAAUUGUAAAAAUUCAAUGUACCAUAUUUACUGAUAGGAUGAAUUGUUUUGUGAUAUAUGUUUUAUCGGUUACCAGUCUGGUUGACUAUUUGAUGCAAGUUAUAAUGAUAAAUGUAAAGUUAUGUAGAUGAUAUAAAAUUUGCGUGAAGCAUACCUGAAAGGA